AUGAGCAGUAACAACGACAACAUGAAGAGCGCCAUGACCAUUAUUGGUGUUUCUGGUUCUGUGUACAUCGCCGUGAAGAUGUCCUGGUUUCGUAAGAACCCGUUCCACGUCUUCUCUGGCAAAACUGGCGCCAUGUCGAAGAGUUUAGUCGACGCCGGGAUUCAGUCCUACAACGCCUUCUUCGAACAAGAAGACGGGAAAGGCGUCGGGACGAAAAUCGUGUCCACUCCGGAUUUUGUGAACAAGUUUUACUCUUUAAUCACGGACUUUUACGAAUAUGGAUGGGGUGAAUCUUUCCACUUUGCGGCGAGAGAGAAAGGAGAGUCUUUUGAAAAGUCCAUCAUUCGCCAAGAGCUCGCCAUCGCGGAAAAUAUCGGCUUGAAACCAGGAAUGAAUGUGUUGGACCUCGGGUGUGGUGUUGGUGGCCCAAUGAGAAAUAUCGUCCAAGGAACCGGUGGUAAAGUCACUGGCAUCACGAUUAACGAAUACCAAGUUGGCAGAUGUGAAACGUUGAACAAGGCGGCAAAGUUGGACCACUUGACGGAGAUUAUCCAAGGUAACUUCAUGGAUUUAACAAAGGUUUUCAAGGACAGAAAGUUUGACGGCGCGUACGCGAUUGAAGCCGCGUGCCACGCGAGUAACACGCAAGCGUUGUACGAACAAGUCUUUGCCGUCUUGAAACCGGGCGCUUCCUUUGCUUCGUACGAAUGGUUGCGAACAGAUAAAUACGACCCUACGAACAAAACUCACGUAGAUAUCGUCGACGGUAUCGCAGAAGGUAACGCUCUGCCAGAAGUCCGCACGAUAGAAGAUUGCAUUCAAGCCGCGAAAGGUGCUGGUUUUGAAGUUACUUUAACUUUUGAUCGCGCGACGACGGGUGGCGUUCCGUGGCAACAAGCCAUGAAAUCUGCUCGCAGAGCUGCGUAUUUGACGCACCUCAUGACUGGUUUGUUAGAGUUUAUUGGGUUUGCGCCGAAGGGUACUCAAGCGGUUCACACUAUGUUGCUCAAAGCAGCAGUGAACCUCGAGAAGUCUGGUGACUUGGGUAUCUUCUCUCCGAUGUACUUGAUCGUCAUGAAGAAGCCGCUUUCGGCAUAA